AUUGUAUUUAUUGUAUUCACAAGGAAGUUGUGUACAGUACCUGUACACAGUGAGUCAUAUAUAAAUGUAAUAUUAUAACUGUAGAACGACUUUCAGAUUCUGCUGAGGUCUGUCAAAUUUAAGACAGGGUAAACUAACUCGACACCAAAAUGUACGCGCAACUAGCUGCUGCGGUAUUUCUUUCUACAGUUGCACUUGCAACUUCAUACCAAGGUAAAUUGAUCGGCUCAUUAAGUGAGCUUGCUCAUCAAGUUAGGGGAACGGUGUACGCGGUGGAUGAAAAACGAUUAAGGAUAACUGGAUUCAACUAUGACGGCAAAGGACCAGAUGCAUAUUUUUAUAUUGGCCUGCACACAAACCCCAGUGCUACACCCGAUUCUCAAGGAAUAAAAAUUCCAGAUGAAAAAGGAAGUCCUGGAAUUCUCUCUGCGUAUAACAAUGCAGAUAUCAUAUUGACUCUGCCCAGUGGCUACACCUUGCAACAAAUCAAGUGGUUGUCAGUGUGGUGUGUUCAAUUUGCUGCUGAUUUUGGUCAUGUGAUUUUCCCAGCAAACUUUGUUCCUCCAAGGCCCACAAAUAUUGGGGAAUUUUCACGCUUUCAGCAUGGUUUGCGGUCAGGUGAUAUCACUGUUCUGGAUGCCAAGACUUUUUUGAUUCCUGCAUUGCACUAUGAUGGCCUGGGCCCAGCUGCAUUUUUCUGGGUUGGGACUGGUCCCAGACCAGAUUCCACUGGAUUGAAAGUCCCAGAUGAAGAUGGCAGUUUAACUAGACUGAAGAGAUAUACUGGUGAAACCAUACAAAUUCGUCUCCCUGGUGAUCUCACAGUGUUCGAUAUCAACUGGCUCAGUAUGUGGUGCAUAGACUUUAAUGCCAACUUUGGCCAUGUUCUGAUUCCAGCCAAUCUUAAUGUACCCCCAUACAUAGCAGACCAGGGUAUGUCAAGUAUGAACUGUGAACCUCUCACUGAGAAGUUUCAUGUUGCCUGGGCUGUAAAUGUCUCACAUAUCACGCUGGAACUCACCGGAAUCAUUGCUGACGAGGAUUACAUGGCAUUUGGUCUGAGCGGCUCUGACACGGGGACUCAGAUGAUUGGUGCUGAUGUGACUGUGGCAUGGUACGACAGCCAGACUGGACCCAGAGCUGUGGAUUACUACAUGUCAGCCAAGAGCCAGUGUUCCAAUGGUGUUGGAGUGUGUCCAGACAUUGAAAACUCCACCCCAGGGACAGAGAGUGUUAAUGAUGUCAGUGGAGACCAAAUGAAUGGCAUUACUCGCAUCAGAUUUACAAGACCAUUGAAUACUGGUGAAGCAACUGAUAAACCGAUCCGUCUUGAUAGAGAGAUGUACCUUGCCUGGGCCAUUGGUCCCAUCAAUCCUGAUAAACGGGCAGCUUACCAUACUGUUCGGACUACAGGGAGUCAGAAAUUGCAGUUUGGAAGAAAUACCAGAUAUAACUGCCCAACACUUACAAAUAAAGGCUCUAAUGAAGGAAAAGCCCCAUGGACUGUCAAGAAAUUGAGUGGUGCUGAUGGGAAAGUUUUCACUGUGAGAAUUGGUCCAGCUGGUUCUGACAGAGGGUACAAAGCAAUUACAGGACGUACUUCAUGGGGCAUUGCCUUGUACAUAAAUGACAGCAUCAUCCCAGAAUUGACACUUAAAAGAGGGGAGAAUUAUACAUUCCUGGUGGAGUCUGGUGACUCUGAUGCAAACCAGGCCAAGUACCAUCCAUUUUAUAUCACAGAUGAUUCAUCUGGAGGCUAUAGCCAAUAUACCACACCUGCACAGAGAGAGGCUGUUAAAAUAUUCCCAGGCAGAAAUGAAUCCCAACAUCCUGUGGAUUACCAAGUUGGAAGACUGUGUGAAUGGGAAGUCACUUCUAACACCAACAUCGAUGCAGCAACAUUUGACGAAUUUUUCAAAGGUCUUAGACUGAGAUGUUCAGUAAAUGGCACAGUGGGUGUAUUCCAUUGGACUCCAGAUAAAAACACCCCAGAUACUGUGUAUUACCAGUGCUACACUCACAGGUUCCUGGGAUGGAAAAUACAUGUUGUGGAUGAUUAUCCAACUACCACUGCCGGAUCCUCAUCUGUGGCUGCUGGAUAUUAUUGCAUCUUAGGGCUGCUUCUAUUUUUUCUUGGUUUUCAAUGUUGGUGAGCAUGGAAUCAAAAUCCAUUAGACAGGAGAAUAAAUAUUUCCUAGUCUUGCAGUCUGUGAGGAAUUUUUUGCAUAGGCAGCAGAUAACAUAAGUUGUGUAAACCAGAAGAUAAUUUCUCAGUUGACCCACUGGGGAACGUAUGUCUUUAUUUACUGAGAAAUAUUGCACAAUUUAAUAACAAUGCAGUUAUAAACAUGUGGUCCUUUAUUUUAAGAGUAAUCACAACAAGAUAGUUGGGUGUCAAAUUUUAUUUAAAAAAAAAAAAGACAUUAUGUACAAAUUGUAAGACUAGUACAGUUGUAUUUAUUUCACGCUCUUUUAAUUUCAAAAAGUGUAAGUAAAUUGCGUGUAAAAUUGAUGCCAUUAUAUUUAAAUGGCAGUAACCUCAGCUUUUAUCUUGGUAGACAAAAUUAAAGGAUAAAUGGCUGUUUCUUGUAAAACAAUAUUACACUAAUGAAAAUAUACAAUGUCUUUGCACUAUGAUGUAUAAAGCUAAAGCAGUAGCUUUAAAUAAAAAAGGCAAGUUAAAUAAUAAAAGAGAUGAUCUUUCA